ACCACCCCCACCCCCUCUCUCUCAGUGACCUUUCUAUUCGAUAGGACAGCUUUAAUGUCAGUGUGAUAUCAUAUUGCGAGCAUGCAAGCGUUAGCAUUUCAGCGGGUGGUCCUCUUCUUGUGCUAUGUUCUUCAUUGUGAGGGCAUAGGCCGGUAAAACAUGGUAAUCACCAGUUUAAUCUUGAGCUUUGCUCUGUUUCUGCUGGCUUCUGAUCAGUUCAGUGGCUGUUGUUGCAUGUUCGAAGUCCAGAACUCUGUUCCAAAAAUAAGUCUGUGCCACCAUGCCGAAGGAAGAAAAACAAGAAGAGUCUUAUUUUUAGGGUCAUUAAUUUUGACCACGUGCCCUGAAGGUAAACUGGAUGGCCACUGCGCAAAAGCUCUCCAUCAGUAUGUCCUACGAAGCCAACACGCACUGGACGUUGACAGCGAUUGUUCUCUUUGGGUCCCUCUGUGGGAUUGUGUCAUUGUAUCCUCUCUCAAACAGGACUAAUGUCAUUUUAAUGGAAGAAACAUGGGAGAACCUUUUCUCCCGUUCCGUUUUAGGGAUCUCGGGGGAGAAAUCUGACCUGAACUGGGAGAGUGACUAUUUGCUUGGUAUCAAGAGAGUGCGGAGGCUGUACUGCAACGUGGGUAUCGGGUUUCACCUUCAGAUCCUCCCAGACGGCAGGAUAAACGGCGCACAUAAUGAAAACCAGUACAGUCUAAUAGAGAUCUCAGCUGUAGAGCGUGGAGUCGUUAGCUUGUUUGGGGUGAAAAGUGAGCUGUUUGUCGCAAUGAAUAGCCGUGGGAGAUUGUAUGGAACGAGAGUCUUCCAAGAUGAAUGCAAGUUCAAGGAGACCCUGCUUCCCAACAACUACAAUGCUUAUGAGUCUUCCAAACAUAGAGGAAGUUACAUUGCUCUAAGCAAAAAUGGGCGCAUGAAGAGAGGAUACAAGGCCUCUAUCGCCAUGACUGUUACUCACUUCCUACCACGGCUAUGAGCUAAACUGACAAUGAACCACUAAUUUGCACAUUUGAGUUUGAGGAAAAUUGAAAAUCCACAGAACUUCAGAAGAAAGAGAUGACCUACUAUUCUGUUUACACACAAAGACAUACUUUGCUAAUUUCAUCAGCAGACUUUGUCAAAUAUAUUUAUGUACUUCAUUGUCUAUGCUACGUGUAGUUUCUAUUAUAAUUCUGUAAAGGACUUCUUUUAUUCUUCUUUAAGAGGCUUGUUAUGGCCCAUGACUUGGGUGCUCAUCACGACAGGUGCAAAUUAUACAGGUGUCACUGGGAUAACUAAUAUCCUUGGCUUAUACAGUAUGUAUACAAUAUACAGUGUUUCAUUACCUCAGUGUGCAUGAUGGUUUCAUAGAGAAACAUGCUUGUUCACCACCAUUGUUCAGAUGACUAUGGUCAUCAUUGCCAUUGUCUUGUGAGUAAAACUGAAGAAUUUACUAAAGUGAUUCAUGCUGUGAAAUUAGGUGGUGCCUUAGCUUCCUGAUAGUGGCCCCAUAAGGUAUGCAACAAAUGUACUCAGUGGAAACAAAUGGAAUACUGUAAGUCUGUUAACACUCCAAAAAAGUAUGUGUACUACCCUAAUUACUAUAGAAGGCCAUGGUUAUCUUCUGAUUGUUUUCCUCAUAAUCAGAUCAAUUAACCUGUUGAGACCCUAAAGGCCAGAACUGACAAAACAGUUGACUAUGAGUGGAUGCUUGUAAGUGGACAUUUUUCUAAUAAUGCUGCUUUAUCUGACCAGUUUAGCUGCUGGACUGUGGAUGAACUCCCCUUAUACCUGAUACCUUUCAACUGAUAUUUGGCUAAAGGUAUACAGAUGAGUACCAUGGAUGUAGUACUUAAUUAGAAUAAGAUUAUUACUGAUAAACUUUGUGUGAACUAAGGAUUUACUUUAAAUGACAAGAAGAAAAGGAUCUUUUGCUGUAGACCUGUGGACUACACAUGACUAACUGAAAUAUUUUGACUCAUACGAUCAGUCUAUGUGGCUAAAAUGCUGAUAUUAAACGGCCCUUUUGUUGUUAAUGGCCUUUAGUGGCCCUUGUCGUUGUAAAUACAAGUUCUAGCUGUGUUUAGUGAGAAUCUUCCAACCACGAGAUAUAUACUACUCCUUUGCCCAGAGCCCUCUAGACAUGAACCUAAAGUUCUAUCUACGCUGAGCAGCCCUUUUUUUGGCAAAUUGUGCGGUAGAACACCACUCUGAAGGCCGGCGCACACUGGACAAGGCGUCCAGCGGUGAGGGCUUGACGCGCAGGAUUUAAGAACAGUUUUCUAACCCUGUGCGGCUGCCGCGUGGCAGACAUUUCUAGUGGGCUUUGCUCUGUUAAAAACAAUGGAGUUCUACUUUUUUUUUUCUUGUUGCGUCGUGCCACGUUUGUGUCCAGUGGGCGCCGGCCUUGACUUUUCAAACGGAUCCUGUGGGCAUGGUAAUAUACUGCUGCAAUACUUGUGGGGAGUUACAGGUGGCACAUAUUAAGGACCCUUUUUAUCAUUUUGUUUAACCGAUAAUCAGAUACUAUCCCAAUGAUUACAGGAAUAGUAUGUACUUAAUUUGGGAAGGCAUUGUGUGCGUAUCUGUUAUUCCUUAAUUCAGGAGAUCUUGUCAUUGCAGUAGUGCUUGUUUACAGUUUCACAAAUUAAGAAAUGAGUUUGCACAUGAUCGCAUGCUGCUGAGGGCAUAAAUAGUAGUGUAUGGUUGAACCGAUAUGGAUACAGGUCUUGAACUCCUGAAACAGACAGAAAGAGGGGGAGGGGGGAAGACUUAUACAGUACCUAAAUAGCACUUUUUCCACAAAUUUACCUCAUGACAAACAUUUGUUACCUAUUUUAUGCUUUUACUGAUGAUUUGGGACACUGGUGCCAAAUAAUUUUAGGGUGAGCUUUUUUUUGGAUUGAUAAUUUUUGGGUGAUCACUUGUUUUGGAGCGAUAAAAAAAGUAACUUACUGACUGUUCUGUCUUUUAACUGAUGCAGAAAGAUACUCAGUAGUCUUCAAAUCAAACCAUUCCCCUGGGGAUAAUUGAGGAUAAUUUGUAAUAUUUGUUAUUGGGAGCAAUGUUGAAUGCUUGUAAAUUCUUAAUAACAGCUACAGAGAGUUAAUGACCAACAGGUCCCACUUGCAGUUUAAGUUAAGUUGCAGUGAAGUUUCUGUAUUAAUUCUCAUGGACAUCAUUUUAACAUUAUCUAUUUUUAAUGGACUAUUCUACGUUUGCCAUUCAGAUAUACAGACAUAUGCUGAUUGUACAAACCUCCCUUUGCAUAUUCUUCUCUCUUCUAUUCAGAAAUGCUGUGUGCCAUUUUUUCAGUUUGUCUUGCAGUAUAACCAGAAAUAAUUGAUGAAAGGAGAUAUAUGUCCUGAAGUCUUGCUUGCACUUAGUCUCCUGGGAUGUUACUGGAUACGAUUUGUAGAACAUGAUUCCUGUGACAUUAAACCUGCUCACAAAGAAAAAUUUUGUAAGACUGUAAACACUGUACUGUAUCUGCCUAUGUAGCAUGAACUCUACAAAAUAUCACACAAGGGUGACCCCUUGUAUGUUGCAUCCGGCAAUAUGCUCCUACUCCUAGAAUCAAUCCUACGCUGAAAGGACUAGUGCGCUCUUCAAUACCCUUCAUCUUAGCAAAAACUACACCUUCUGCCUUAGUUCCGAUCUGCUGAAGUCAUGUGU